AUGCUCCCGGGUCCGAGCCUCCCGCGGCGGCGGCCCCGCCGGCCCCCGCAACCUCCUCCUCAACUGCUCUGGCAGAUGAACGCCGAGGUCUCCCCGCAGCCGUCGCCGCCUUGCCUCUGGAUGGUGCCAAGCUCCGGGGGGCUUCUGCGGCUGGCAGCUGGGGUUGUGCCCCCGCCGCUACUGCUGCCCUCACCCCCGCAGCCGCCGCCACCACUGCUUCCUGGGGUCCCCAGUUGGCAGGUGCCCUGUGAGCCCUCCUUUCUACCGCUGGUACCUGUGCCCUCAGCGGCGGCCGAUCCCCCAGCGCCUCAGUACCCCUUGCUGAACGAGCAGUGGAUGUUUGGAGCUCAGUCACCUGUGAUAGGAUUCUCUCCCUCUUCUAAUGUGGACUUGAUCCCUAUUUUCCCCCAUGUAUACACUUCUGCUCUUCCACCUCCUGUAGGGAAAAGUUGGCUAGACAAGAGGAUGCCCAACUGUAAGAUAUAUUUAAAUAACACAUUUGCUCUGGACUCUACUUGGAUACAUCCUGAGGAAACAAGAUUGUUUCAUGUACAUGAAAAGCCACAUUUAAUGACAAACCAGGUGGCCGUGGCUGUAUCUAGGCCAACCCCUGCCUCCAGGCAUCUCCCCACAGUGGUGUUAUCACCUCAGCCUAUACCAGUGGGAUGUCCAAAUGGCCUUAAGCAAGUUGGCAGUCAUCCAGCCAUUGCCAUCACAUCAACAGCCAUGGUCUCUGUAGAGCCCGAAGGGCUUCGGGGACCUUCAGCUUCCGCUGUGCAGCCAUGCCAUUUGCUGACACUGGCACCCAUCAAAAUCCCCCUGCUGACAGCCCCCUUCUCAGGAUCUACAUCUCAGCUGGAGAGCUGCCUCAUGCCUCUUCUACCUGCUCAGGUCACAAGAGUCACUGCUGUGUCUACACCUGCAAUGACAUUUAUGACUGCCAAUCUAAUGGAACAGGCAUCGCCAGAUAAAGGCAAAGAGCCUGGAAGAUCCUCUUGUACCCCAACGCUGAUAUUACACACAGAGAGACAGCUUCAAGCCCAAGACCACGAGGACAAGGACUCUUCUCUGCUAAUACAUGGAGAUGAGAGCUCACCCAGAGGCAAUAAACCGGUGGCAUCCACACCUGUCCCAGGAUCACCUUGGUGUGUAGUCUGGACUGGUGAUGACCGAGUUUUCUUCUUCAACCCAACAAUGCACCUCUCUGUAUGGGAAAAACCAAUGGACUUGAAGAACCGAGGAGAUCUCAACAGAAUCAUCGAGGACCCACCACAUAAGCGCAAGCUGGACGCUUCAGCAACAGAUAAAAGUGAUGGAUCUGAGACAGAAGAUGAGAGUGACGACCAGAACAUGAAAACAAAGAGAAAUAAACUUGAAGGUCCUCAGAGCAUCGAGCUAGAGAAGACUGAAAAGGAAGAUCAAGCCCAGAACACUCCUCCACCUCUUCCUCCACAUCAGAUCCUACUUCCAUUGGAAGAGCGAGCCACCCACUUCCGAGACAUGCUUCUGGAAAGAGGGGUGUCAGCAUUCUCCACUUGGGAAAAGGAACUGCACAAAAUUGUAUUUGACCCACGCUACCUGCUCCUCAACUCUGAUGAGCGCAAACAGAUAUUUGAACAGUUUGUCAAAACCAGAAUAAAGGAAGAAUAUAAGGAAAAGAAAAGUAAGUUACUACUGGCCAAAGAGGAAUUCAGAAAACUCCUGGAGGAGUCCAAGCUGUCUCCCAAAACAACAUUCAAAGAGUUUGCUGAAAAAUAUGGUCGAGAUCAGAGGUUCAGACUUGUGCAGAAGAAGAAGGACCAAGAACAUUUUUUCAACCAGUUUAUAAUGCUCCUUAAAAAGAGAGACAAAGAAAACAGAAUCAGGCUCCGCAAAAUGAGAUAA